UGCUUCUGUCGUCAGUGUUUGGACACUAGAGUUUAGCGGAGGGACCACGACGCCAUUUGAACUGUAUCAAAUCUACGGUGUGCCCAAAAGCCAUUGUGACAGUUUCUACUAUUUCUUCUUCUGUAGACGUAUGAAGACUUAGAGAAGUCGGUCAGACACUCUGCAUUCAAAAGGGAAACCACUUGUGUCAACCAGUUCGGGACGACUGACUUGGACGAGAUGGUCCUCAAAUUCUUCGUCAUAUAUGCCGUCGUCAUCUUCAAGGUGACGAGUGCCACCGACCCGUGGACUACAACAGAUAAUUUGAGAACGCUUUUGAACGACCAUUUUGGGGACAACCGCCACCAUGUCACCAACCCUGACGGCAAAGAUGCUGCGUUUAAUUUUAUUGACGACACGUUCAAUGGCUAUGGAUUGCAAGUAGUCGACGCUGACUUCUACACAGACAACCCCAAUGUGAAUGGCAAAAACAUAGUAGGAAUGUGGCCGGGCCGUCUGACCGGGACCCGCCUGGACAGACCCAUCGUGCUGACGGCUCACUACGACAGUUCCCGGGGCAAGGCUGCCGUGCAAGACAACGGGUCCGGCCUGGCCGCCCUGAUGGAGGCCGCCCGACUCAUCACGUCCCAACCCUGCAUCCAGGACUACCUGGUCGUGUUCGCUGCGCUUGACAUGGAGAUAAAAGAGAGUCCAGAUCACAACGACGCGGCAUGUUACAACGGGUACUGUGGGAGUAAGGAUUUCGCUGAACAGUACAUGAUUCGGUAUCUGGAUUCCGUUGGCGUUAACGUCGCCAACAUCAACGGCGUCAUCAUCUUGGACUCUAUCCUCAACUUUAACGACACCCUAGGGGCGCAGACACUUCCCCCAAACUCCACACAGAUUCCUGGCCUGAAGGAGAGUGCAGAGAGUGUACAACAGGAUGGCUUCAAGGGAAACUUCAUUUUGGUGGCCUCCCGUGAGGAGUACGACUUCCCGCUGUACUCGGCGUUCUACAACAGGUGGGACCAGGCGGGACAGCCGCAGUACAAACGGCAGUCGGUGCUGCUCCCUCUGAAGGACGUGGUGACAGCUGUAGAAACACAGUCGGAUCCUAACUGGAAUGUGUACAGGGAGUUCAUCAGUGAUGACCUCACGAGUUUCUGGAACUCCAGCACGGACAUCAAGGCCAUGUUGCUGACAGACACAAAAAUGCCAUAA